AUGAAUGCAGUUAAUUAUGUGCUUAUGGAUGGAGAUCUUCAUAAAAGAUCGGCUGAUGAUGAAACAAUUGUUGCCGAUAAUGGAUCUGUGUUUCGAGCAAAUGAAGUAUUACAACUCGGCAUUGAUAUGCAAGUAAAAAUGGUAACUUCCACACCCUAUUAUGCUCAAGGGAAUGGCCAAGCAGAGGCAUCAAAUAAAUUUGUUAUUGAAAUUAUUGAGAAAAUGAUAAAAGACAAGCCGAGCCGUUGGCAUGAAACCCUUUCAGAAGCUUUGUGGGCUUACAGAAAUUCAAAGCGGACAAGUACUGGGACAAUUCCUUAUCGGCUUACAUUUGGCCAUGAUACCGUGUUGCCUGGAGUUAAAUAUGAAAUCUGCAAGAGUAGCUUUACAACACAAACUUAUACCUGCCGAUUACAACGAAGCUAUGCUUGCUGA